AGCAGCUUAGAUACGCAUACGAUACGGCCUUGCUGUUGGGUAGAAUGAGAUACGUAAAUAUUAUGGUUCCAUUCGUCCGGAUAAGUCCGGCAUCGUGCCGGCAUCUUCUAGCCGGAACGAAUUCUUCAAGCGAUGCAAGCCGAUGUUUAGCCUCUCUACGUGCAUACAGCAACAUAAACCAGUGUCAGGAAACCUGUAAAACUACUCAUCUGGAAAAGCACGUGACGUCUGCUAAAAGCUUGAAGUACUGGAACGGUCUACAGUGCCAGACACGAGGCUUGUUUGGUCAGUGCCGGACAGGAGGUCUCGCAGUUUUAAAACAAGCGCUGAAGCCUGGUGUGUCCAACACAUGCUGGGUACCAUCGGCUGGCUACUGCGAUGUUCCUUCAUCGUACGUCCCGCCCCAAGACGACACAGGCGUGACCUACAUCCAUGACCUUGGCCAACAAGACGCGGCCAUUGUCCAACAGAUAGCCUACCAGGAGCUGAAGGCUCUCCUCGACAAGUUCCGCAUCCCGUACCACAAAAGGAAGGGCAUGAAAGAUCAUAAGUUUCAACAGCUCUACGGCUCCAGUCUAGCCAGUAUUGUGGAGCAUGAUAUCAAAAUGGGGAAAAAGUUCGGCCCAUUCCUGAGUCCAUGUUUCCUUACAGAGAUGAUCCUCUACCUUGACAGCGUUGAGGGCGACGAUGUUCGGGGAGAGAUGUUCAAUCCUUCUGGCGUCGAUACAAAUGCGUUUAAAAAAGACGCCAACGACAACUACUACUCUGGGAGGUUUAGGCUGGACAAGUACGAGCCUCAGGUCAUCGCUGCAGCCCUCGUUAGGUUCCUCAGUGAGUUGCCGGAAAAGAUGACGAGCGUCGACCGUCUGGAGGAGUUCCCUCCGGUAGCCGGUUUGAAGAACAUCCACCGGCUUCAGGUGUUGAACUACAUGUACCUGAUGAUGCGCCGAGAGCACCAAGACACUAUCCAGGCGAUAUGUUAUUUAUGUUACCGGGAACUAAUGACGUGUUACCCGGACCUGUCUGAGCACAAACAAGACGAGGGGGACAGGCCGUCUGUUCAGGUGGCCACGAAGUUGAAGGACGUCCUCCAUACACCCGGCAAGUUCCAGGGGGACGGAGAGGAUCGGCUGAAAAAUUCCAUCCUCAUUGGCCGUCUUUACAUGGACUAUAUGGACAAGCUGUGGACAGUGUCCCCACAGAUUGUCAACCAGGUGCGCUGGCUGUACAUGUCGGGUAAAGCUUCAGUCCAGUCGUCCAAGAAGCCGUGGACUUCUAAAGAUAAGUUUGAUGGUGUUCAGGCGAAGCCAGACGAAAGUGUACGAGGACUGAAAAAAGCUGAGAUCAUAGUGAAGGCGCCUCACCUGCCCAAGAAAGAAGGCCCGGUACAAAUUAACGAGAAGACAACAGCUAUCGACGUCGUCUGCCAUUUUGAAACCAAAGUCAAGAUGAUGAAAGAACUGAGUGACAGCCGUUAUUCCCCCAAGAGCCUGGAGUUCUGCCACAAGAGAUUUAGUUACCUGCAUGAGAAGGGGGGCAACAUAGGUUCCCGUAGAAUCGACCCGUGGGCCAAAGUCCUGGACGUCUACAAGAUAAAUCCCAAAGCCGAGUUCGUUAUCGAGCCACGAUUUGGCCGAUAGACAUUUGUUAGUGGACACAUGUUGGGCAUUUGCUAAUGGACACAUGUUGGACAUUUGCUGCUGGACACAUGUUGGACAUUUGCUAAUGGACACAUGUUGGACAUUUGCUAAUGGACACAUGUUGGACAUUUGCUAAUGGACACAUGUUGGACAUUUGCUAAUGGACACAUGUUGGACAUUUGCUUGUGGACACAUGUUGGACAUUUGCUAAUGGACACAUGUUGGACAUUUGCUUGUGGACACAUGUUGGACAUUUGCUAAUGGACACAUGUUGGACAUUUGCUUGUGGACACAUGUUGGUCAUUUGCUGGUGGACA